AACCCUUUCUCUAUAUAAACUCCAUCUUGCCUCUAUUGUUCCUCCCCCUUCUCCCUCUUGCUUCCUUCCAUAACUUUGCAUUUGUUCAAACUUUGCUUCUUCACACCCUCUUUUUCUUUGGCCUUACCCCUCAUUGUUCCCUUUUUGGCUUUGAAAUGGAAUUCGAGGACCGCUUCAGACACCAAGCUCAGAGACCAAAAUAUGAUUGCCUUCUUUUUGAUUUAGAUGAUACUUUGUAUCCCCUCAGAUCUGGUCUUGCAAAAGCAUGUCUCCAAAAUAUUAAAGACUACAUGGUUGAGAAGCUUGGCAUAGACCCUAGCAAAAUUGAUGACUUGUCCAACCUCCUUUACAAGAACUAUGGAACAACCAUGGCUGGUCUAAGGGCAAUUGGAUAUGACUUUGACUAUGAUGAGUAUCACAGUUUUGUUCAUGGGAGGUUACCAUAUGAGAACCUAAAACCAGACCCAGUUCUGAGGAACCUAUUGCUGAGCCUGCCCUAUAGGAAACUUAUCUUCACAAAUGCAGACAAAGUCCACGCUGCUAAGGCACUUAACAGGCUUGGAUUAGAAGACUGCUUUGAAGGAAUCAUAUGCUUUGAGACCCUUAAUCCCAUCCACAAGAGCACUGUUUCUGAUGAUGAAGAUGACAUUGAAUUUGUGGGUUCAAGGAGCACCAUUACAACUAGUAGUAAUGGUUCAGGCACCACUCAACUCUUUGACAUCAUAGAGCAUUUUGCUCAGCCCAAUCCCAGUGCAGAUUUGCCAAAGACACCAAUUAUUUGCAAACCAUCAGAAAAUGCCAUUGAAUUGGCCCUCAAAAUAGCCAGCCUUAACCCACAAAGAACUUUGUUCUUUGAGGACAGUACCCGCAACAUACAAGCUGGAAAACGUGUGGGGCUUCACACUGUGCUGGUUGGUACAUCCCAAAGAUGUAAAGGUGCAGAUUAUGCCUUGGAAAGCAUUCACAACCUUAGGGAGGCUGUGCCUGAACUAUGGGAGGCUGAUAUAAAAUCAGAAGUUGCAUACCCUGGAAAGCUAUCAGUGGAGACAUCUGUCACAGCUUGAGAUUAUUAUGUGCAUGAAAUUAUGUCCCUUCAAUAUUGUUCAUUUAAUCAAUUGAAAAUCCAAGAAAAAAAAAAAAAAAAAAAAGAGA